CGCGCAGCCGGCUGCCAUCUCAGCGCCGCCCGCCGCGCCGGCCCCUCCAUUUUAUCCGUAAUUCCGCCUCGUGCCCGCCCGCAGCUGCCGUGGCUCCGGAUUGUCUCUCGGAGUUGCCUCCCCCGCCCUCGCCCCCCCAGCGCACACACAGCGCCAUCGCUGCUCGCUCGCUGUAACGCCAAUGGGCCGGUUUCUCUAGCUUCCCCCCCCCCCUACACACACACCCCACCCCUUGCAACUCCAUUGCUUUCCCAGGCAUGAGAAACUGCAAAAUGGUCCGGGUGGCGAGUGUGCUGGGGCUGGUGAUGCUCAGCGUGGCUCUGCUGAUCUUAUCCCUCAUCAGCUACGUGUCCCUGAAAAAGGACAAUAUCUUCACCACUCCCAGAUAUGCCAGCUCGGGGGUGCCCCGAAUGUACAUGUUCCAUGCUGGAUUCAGGUCCCAGUUUGCACUGAAGUUUCUGGACCCUUCAUUUGUACCAAUUACAAAUUCUUUGACACACGAGCUGCAGGAAAAGCCUUCCAAAUGGACGUUUAAUAGAACAGCAUUCUUACAUCAAAGGCAAGGAAUUCUCCAGCAUGUUGAUGUAAUAAAAAAUUUUUCUUUGACCAAGAAUAGUGUUCGGAUUGGACAGCUGAUGCAUUAUGAUUAUUCCAGCCAUAAGUAUGUUUUCUCUAUUAGCAAUAACUUCAGAUCACUGCUUCCAGAUGUCUCACCUGUCUUGAAUAAGCAUUAUAACAUUUGUGCUGUUGUUGGAAAUAGUGGAAUCCUUACAGGGAGUCAGUGUGGACAAGAAAUAGAUAAGUCUGAUUUUGUUUUUCGUUGCAACUUUGCUCCAACUGAGGCUUUCCAAAAAGAUGUUGGAAGGAAAACCAACCUUACAACCUUCAAUCCCAGCAUCCUGGAAAAGUAUUACAACAAUCUUUUGACCAUUCAGGAUCGCAAUAACUUUUUUCUAAGUUUAAAAAAGCUUGAUGGGGCCAUUCUUUGGAUCCCAGCUUUUUUCUUCCACACUUCAGCAACUGUUACAAGAACAUUGGUUGACUUCUUUGUUGAGCAUAGAGGGCAAUUAAAGGUCCAGCUGGCUUGGCCAGGAAAUAUAAUGCAGCAUGUUAACAGGUACUGGAAAAAUAAACACUUGUCACCCAAGCGACUGAGCACAGGUAUUCUUAUGUAUACCCUGGCUUCUGCAAUAUGUGAAGAGAUCCACCUGUAUGGGUUUUGGCCAUUUGGAUUUGAUCCUAACACCAGGGAAGACCUCCCAUACCAUUACUACGAUAAAAAAGGAACAAAGUUCACUACCAAGUGGCAGGAGUCCCACCAGCUGCCUGCAGAAUUCCAGCUGCUCUACAAAAUGCAUGGUGAAGGACUAACUAAACUGACUUUGUCACAUUGUGCCUAAGAACUUAAAACUUGAAGUGCCAAAUGAUUGUUUAAAAAGUGCCCAAAACUGAAUUAAACAUUCUUUAAAAUAUAAUCCUAAAAAAAAGAAAAAAACCUAAAAUAUUUUCCAUAAUAUAAAGAUGCUUUUUAAUCGCCCUUUUCACAGCUCAUCAAAAGGUUUCAGCAUAUUUAGCAAUGCAGAAGUGUUUAUCAAAAUAUACUGACACUAUUCAUGGACCAGGAAAGUUUAAACUCUUUAAGAUAGAUAUUUUGCAUUUAUAGAUAUGCUACUAAAUACAUGUUUUAAAAUAUUUUCAUAUAUAUAUUUUAACAUUACACUAAAUGCCUCUAACCUCCAAAUUUUAAUGUUCCAUGCAGAUUAGAAUUAGAACCGUUAGUUUAAAAUAUUUUGCUUAUCUUACAGCUAUUACUAUUAGUAGUGAAACAUACACAUGUUGCCAUGGCUAAUUGGAGAAAGCUAAUUAAGCUUUCCAUUUACUAUCAAGUUCUAGUUCUUUAGAACAGACUCUGAUUUUCACAGCUUGCAUAUGAUCUGUGGUAUUGUAUUUUACAUAUUCCUAGGAAUAGUAUUAAAGUGAUGGGCCUUGUCAUAGCUAGAUACAUAAAUUGUUCUUAGGUUACUUCAGUGUUUUAAUUCAGUUUGAGACAAAUCCUAGAGACGGACCCAUUUAAAUCAAUGGGAAUGUUGUCAUUAACAUCAGUGUAACAGAAUUUGGCUGUUUGAUUUUAAAAUUAAUGUAUCAAGAUUAAUAAUAUAAUUUUUUUAAAAAAAAAUUCUUUUCUGUGAUGAGGAGACCCCUGGAGACAUCCAAGGAAGGACCCUUUCUAAUCCUAUCCAAACAUCCCCAAAGGGGGCUGGCAGUGAUUUUAGGAAUAUAGAUCCUUUGGAAGAGGAGCACAGUUUAUAAUAGUCUCUUUGACCUAGGCUCUUCUAUUCCUAAACUCCCCUUCAUCAGUGUUCUUGCUGCACUCCCAGUCUUCACAAGCCUAACCCACAUAUUCUAAAGCCAUUGCAAGAAAUGGGUUUUCCACUUCAUAGCCCAUUCCAUGACCAGCCAAAGCCCUGGUCCUGCAAUGCAUUCUGCGCGGCCUCUGGAGUCCACCCAUGCAGGUCUCAUUAUAGGAUCAGGGCUCAAGAUAGAAAUUAGAUUUUCACAUACAUUGUUUCUUUUUCCUUUUAGUGCUACUGUACCUCAAGCACAGUUAUUCUAUGUGUUUGGGUGAUACAUUGUGUUAUGUUCUAAAAGUCGCAUCCAUAUUGGAAAUACUAUACCCCAUCCUGUUGCUCCUUCUCCGUGUCCUCCUAAAAAAGAUGUGCAGAAAUUAGGGUAACCAUUACAUUGCUCCUGAACCAGUGCAUAUAGUUAUGUCUAAAAAAAAAGUGUAAUGAUGAAACAUAAUUCAACAAAAAUCUUUGAUCAUUUUAUUUUUAUUUGGGAGCAAUGAGGAUAAGCUCAGUGCCAACAAUGGGAACAGAUUAAAAUUACUGGCUAAAAUUUUCAAACGUAGGUGCCAAAAGUUAUUCACCUAAUUCCAUAUUUAGGUAAAUAAAAAUUCACUGAAGUCCAUGGGAGAUACAGGUUUCUAAACCACUUUGAAAUUCAGGCAACUUAUCUAUGGACCUAACUUUUGGGGACUAAGUUUGAAAAUGUUGGCCAUUGUGUCUCAGGCCAAUUGAUUGUAAUAUUUUUAAAUUAAAACCAUUAUACUUUAAAAUAUUCUAACAAUUUUAUAUUAUUUUAUAUGGCUUUAAGUGAAGAAUAACUAAUAAUGAUGUAAAACAUCACACAUGCUGCUAUCUUAAUUUUUCCAAGAUUCUUUAUCUACAAAGUAGAAAUAGAAUUUAAGAAAGGAAAACUCCAGGGUAAUAUAAAGAAUGUUCUAAUCAGUGAGGAAUGGUCUCCCUCUUCCAUGGAAUCCACUGAAACCUCUGCACCUUGGCUUGAGAUGGCCAUGCCGGGACUGGUGAAGGAUGGAAAUGGGGACCACUGCUUUAUUUAGCAUACUCCCCUAAGCAUCCAUGGUGAAAUGCUGACCCUAAAGAACUCAGUGGGAGUUUUGCCUUUGAUUUCAAUAGGAAUUUCUCUCUCAGUUCUUUUCUGAGUGAAAAUCUGCCUGAGAGUUAGGGUGAAAUUCUGGCCCUGAUCAGGUUAAUGGGAGUAUUAGCUCCCUUUCUAAGCGUUCACCUCCCUCAGGAUUCCCAUGUGAGGGGAGCACAGAGCCACUUUGCAACAACUUUAAAAAACUCUGAAUCCCAAUGCCUUUUGGUGGAAAAGCAAAUUCUAUCCAGCUGACUUUGCAUCAUCAGACUCAGCCUGUGCUAUGUAGUGUUCUUAAAGUGGCAUUUCCACCAGUGAAGGACACCAGGCCCAUUCACUGAGUGGAAAUCCUGAAACAGCAAGAGUUUUAAAACCAUUUUCAAAAUUCUUCUUUGAUUGAUGGAGAGGACAUAAAUCACCAAAAAUUUGCUGGUUUUGUUUUGUAAAUAGAAACUUAAAACUGAAAGUGUUCAGGAGGAGGUUAGCCUGUAUCCAAACUCACAGAGUAUAGAAUAUGCCAUCAUAGUGUUAAUGGAUGACUUCAGACUCUUCUGAAGUCUGAACAUAGUAUUGCUAAAGUUUCUUGCCCAGUUGUGUAAGCCUGCAUCUGCUUUCCUGGUAUCUUUUUCUGUCCUGCUCGGUAUUCUUAAGAAUUCAUACACUAGAAUAUUAUUACAGGUAUUAUUAUUAAGUGGCCUCAUAAUGGUGCGGUACCAAUGUAUCAUGGCUCCAUAUGAUUAAUUAUUGCUAUUUUACUUAUUAUUUGCAUUGCAGUAACAUGUGGGAUCCCCAAUCGGGGAUUAGUUCUCCAUUGUGCUAGCCACUGUUCCAACACAAGACAAAAAGACAGUCCCUGCCCCCAAAGAGCUUACAAACUAAGAUAUACUCAGGUUAAGGAGCUAGGGCCCAGCCCUGAAAACCUCUACCUUCUGACUAGUCCUACUGAAGUCAGAUGAGUAAAGGUCUACAGGAUUGGACCCAUCCCUUGUAACUACUAAUCUGCCAUGUUACACUGUGAGUGUGAUUGCUAUGGUACUCCUGAAGUCCAGUGGGAUUCACAGGCCACUUCCUUCUAGCCAUGGAGUGGCAUUGCUGUGUCCUUUGGGAGAAACUGCCUUUGAUGCCUUGCAAAGUGAGGUGUUAUUGUGACUGAGGAAAGAGUGUGGGGAGUGUUCUAUUAAUUUAGAUGGAAUAGAUGGGCUAAAUGUGUUAGCAUAACCCAGGCACUGUCCAAUAUUAAACAGUGUUAAACAAGGUCUGGGGUUUGGUAUGCAGAAACCUCAGCCUACUUAGUACCAUGGCAACCACACUGUUAACUAUCCCUUUUAACCUUUUAUUAAAGAUACAGCAAGGAGAGAAAAACAGUUAAAGGAUGCAAAAUACAAAGUAUUGUGUAAGGCUUUCAUGUUAACAACAUCCCUUGUUCCCUUUCCCUUUAGCUGAAGAGAAUUUUAGACAGAAGAAGAAUCUUUGUUUGACAGUCAUUAGAUGGUACCAAAUAUGAUGUUAACUGUCCUUUUGGGAAAAAUUGAUGAAGAUAGUUGAGAUGGGCUGGAGCUGUUGUUCCUGAUACUAUUGUUAAAGUUUGAUCCUAUUUCAUCCCAGAUGGUGUUUGGGAUUCAGCUGGAGCCAAGUAGAGGUUGUGAUGUCUUCUGGGUCUAUCUCUCUCUCUCUCUGUCCUGGUCUGGUCAGGACAUCUCUCAAGAUCAGGAUGAUGAAGGCCCAGGGGUCCCAGGAGAUGGUGGGGUGGCAGCCAUGAUGGUGAAGCUUGCUCUGGUAGCAAUUUUUCUCCCCAAAGUCUUUUUCUUUUAAGGACCCCAAAAGUGGAUGGAAUAGCAUGUGGGUGGAGUAGCACAUCCCCUCAUUAUUUUGUCCACCAAUUAGGCCUACUUCUGGCACACCAAUUUGGGUUUACUAAUUUCUGGUUCAACAUUUUUCUUGCUUACAAGCAGGAUCAAAACACAGUCCUUGAGUUAUAUCAGUAGGCCUUUUUGUAUGGACUAAUUCUGUCUUUCUCCCUUUCGUACCUUUUCCCAUCAGCAUUUGUUGCUAUUGUGACAUCUUAUGAACUUACACUGACUUUUUACAAUGGAACUCACAAUUCAGGUAAAUUUGUAGGCCCAGUUAUCGCAGCUGGGGGUGCAGAGUGGGUAAAAGAGGAGCAACAGCCCCAGAAUUAAGUUCUGAGCAAUUGUGUUUUUCUGGGUGCCUGUGUCUAAGGAAGGUGAAAACAUUAUUUACAUAUUUUUCAAAAGGGAAGAAUGAGAGUUAGGUAGGGUAGGGUUCUGCACUAAUUAUUAACUAGGUACGUCAAUUAAUCUUUUCCAGUGUACUUUACUAUUGGAUUGUACAGUAUGUGUGUGUUCACUAUGGAAUCUAAAUCCAUUCUUGAUUCACUGCUAUGAAUAAUAGAAUAUUCUUAGUCUAAUUUAAUAUACACACACAGUCACCAAUACACACCUAAUUCUGUAAACAUUGUAUCAUAUUUUGUACUGUGUGGAACUCAAUCACUGGAGAACAGAAAAUAUUAUAGGAGGGUUCAUAGUUGGUAGCUGGCAUUUUAAUUAAGUGAUGGAUUAUUAAUUUCAACAGUGGGAAACUAUAAUUUUAAUCUAGUUAAGUAAAUAUGAACAAUUAGCAUCAUAUUUGUUUUAAUGCUGAGGCCAAAAUGUUGUAUAUAUUUUUCAGUUGCUGGCUCUCAACAAUAAGAAAUUAUAUUGGCCAACAAUGUCAAUGUUUGGCUACUGUACAUUGUUUACAUUACAUAGUUAUGUGCAAGUUAGGUACAUAGUUAUGUACAAGUUUAGAUUACUAAUGAAUUUAAUUAGAUGUAAUCACAAGCAAAUAUGUACUCGUCUAAAUGAAUGUUCUUUCCAUCCAGUCCCGUAGAGCAUCUUCAAGAGACAUUUUCACAAAGGGGAACAAUCUACUUAGGGCCAGAUUCCAACACCUUUAUUCUAGUUUAAUAUCACCUUACUGCAUGGGUUAUUCCACUGUCUUCUUUCCAUUGACUUCAAUGGGAAUUCUCAUGAAGUAAGGUAUUAAUGAAUCUGAAUAAGAGUAUCAGAAACUUUUAAAAUGCAGUGGACCUUCUUAUGAUGAAGUCAUCAUUUUUUCACAGUGCAGCAUCACUCCAAGCAGAAAUUCUCUAGAUCCAAAACUUCGUCUGGUACAUUUCAGUGAAUUGAAACCAUUUUGGAUCUAAAUCCACUUCACUAUGGAGUCCCAUGCUAUCUGAGUUCACUGUAAAUGUCACUGUUUAGCAUAGUGGCAACAUUUGGAUCUGAAUCUGUAUUUUGGGUUGGUGUCCUGAUCUGGAGUUUUGUUCUGCACUGCUCUACCAUUCCUUGUUCAGAAAGUGGAUUUAUUUCUCCAGUAGAGCUAGUCAGAAGAACUUCAAUGGAACUAUUUUCCAUUGGAAAAAGAGGUUCCACUGAAAUCAAAAAUGCUUCAUGAAAUUGUGUUUGAAAAAAAAAGGAAAAAAGUUUCAAAAAUGUUAAAAUAUCCCAUUUUGAUAUUUUCAGAACAAAACGUUUCAGUUUUUCCUUUUGAAAUGGUGUUUGUUUCAAUUUUACAUUUUGUAUUCUAUAUUACAUAUAUAUUAUAAUAUAAUAUCAAGUAAAAAGCCAAAAUUGAAACGAAACAUUUCAUUCAGCCCCAAUUCUUUGUUUUCUGAAAUUUUCUUUUGCAAAGAAUUCUGAACUGUUCAGGUUUCUUUCUUUAUCAGAACAAAAACAAAUUUUGAAAACUCAAAAUCCUAUUCAAAAUGGAAAUUCCAAUCUCCACACAGAUGUAAUCUCCAGCUUUCUUUUCUCAUAAUUUUGCUUGCUAUUAUUUUCAUCUGCGGGCUGGAUUCUGUUUCUGUGCUUGCUCUUUUGCACCCACAAAAUGAAUUGCAAGUGAAAAAUUAUGGGGACAAACGGCUCUGUAAAAGGAAGGUCACUCUUCUAAAACUAUAUCCCUAAUUGUUGAAGGAAGUAGACUAUGGAGUUUUGCCACUUAUACCAGGGCUGAAUGUGUUUAGUUUAAACAAAUGUUGCCUCCUUUAUAGCCUGUUUCUCUUCCCCCCCCCUUUCCCCCCCCCCCGCUAUCCCUUGCAGUGAAGUUAUGGUACUGUAGGGCAAAAGUCUCCUCUCAAAGGCACACAGUAGAACUAGACUCCAAGUUCUGCUCUCUCCACAGGAACAGAACUCCCAAGAGAAGAAUAUCAGGGGUGGGAUCCACUCUGGGCACUUGAGAGGAGAAUUUUGCCCUUGAAAACAGACUAUGGUUUGAUAAGCACUAAAGUGAUGCUAUAGCAGGGAGAAAGAGGCAGUAGGUGCUAAGUGAGAAACAUAAAUUGGUUAGUCUCUAAGGUGCCACAAGUACUCCUUUUCUUUUUGCGAAUACAGACUAACACGGCUGUUACUCUGAAACCUAUAAAUAUCUUUAAAUAUCAGAAACAGGAAUUCAGAAAAUUAUUGACAAAGGGCCAUAUCAUACCAUUGAUUUUUAUGCAUAACUCCCCAUUGUUUUUUCAGAGCCCCAUUGAAUGUUUCAGAGCCAUCGAUUUCAGCUGGGAGUUCUGCUUCAAAAUCAAUGACACAAUAAGACCCAAAGAAAAUUGCUUUUUGGUAUCAAUAUUCUUUGUUCAAGUUUGCUGCAAUGUGGAAACCAUGCUUUAAAACAAUGUAUUACUUGUAUCCUUCUGUUUUUCUAGAUGGUCUUUCAAAUCUGCUUUUGUUUAGAGACAAAAGUGAUAGGAUUCAUUAUGCAAAUUAAAGGAACCCUAUUUUGGGGGCCAAUACUCUUCUCAUUGGAGUGAAUGGAAAGACUCCCACAUGAUUCAUUCAGAGCAGGAUCAAGCCCCUCUUCUUGUCCUAAAUCUCCAUUUUCAAAUCAGUUUGUUUGGAGAAACUCACAUUAAGAGCCUGAUCCAGAAGUAUCUGUGCUGGUAAACUCCCUUUGACGUCAGCAGGUGUUUUGCCUGUCAGAACUGCAGGAUUGAGAUCAGUGUCUUUUUCCUAUUGUGUCUCGCUCAUGGCCCAUGUAACCCUUUUCAGGGGGGUGAACCUGAAAAGAGUCAAAGGUCCUGUUUGACACCUCAGUGUUCACAAACCAAAGUCAUUGAAGGUCCAGAUUCUGCCACUUUUACAGUGAGUAGUUAGCACCUAACUCCAUGACUAAUCCCUAUGGCAGACUCUGGUUGUGUUUUAUGGAGAGAUCAAAGCAAAGUGGUGCAGACAAGCAAAUGAAUGGGGUUGAACGGGGAAGGUGCAGGGCCAGGAGCACCCAAUAGGUGUCCUGACUCAGCACAUCUCCCAAGCAGACUGACAGGGAGACCCCACAUAAAUUAAAGCAACUCGUCCAGCUGCUUGCCUCCAGCCGAUCAGAUUCUUUGAGUGUCAAGUGGCAAAAAUUGCACCCCAUCCCAGGUAUUGAGGAGGGUAAAUCAUGCCUACAUUUGUUAUCUUGUUGGCUACACUCUUCCUGCCUUUCUCUUGCAAUCUGAAUUCCUUCUUGUCUAUAUCAAUCUAAAUGGAUUCCUAAUGGUGAAGGGUAAAUAUGCACUAAUACAAGUGAAUGUUUCAAUAGAUAGGCAUAGAUGUAUGACACUGUAUGCACAUAUGUGUCAUUUCAAAACAUUUUUGUUUAAAAUAUUGAAUCAUGGUUACUGGUUCCAAGGAGAAGGGCAUGAACUGUUCAAAACCAAUGCAGCCCUGUCUCGUGAGGGUAGAAUGCCUACCAUGGGACAGGUAGCAAAUGGAGACGAGGUAGGAUAGGGUUAUAAGGUUCCUGGGUGAGCACAAUGUUGGGUUGGAUGCUGUUCUGCAGCAGUUGACUGUGGUGCCAUGGAGGGCUUUCAAUGCACGAUAUCCAUUAGGGUGAAUUUUAUCUAUAAAUAGUGGCCCUAAGCUCUUUCAAGCUAAAGUUUUAAGAACUUAGCUCUGAUCACCUCAGGACUUGUUGAUGUUCAUGAUACUGUUGCACAGUCCAUAAAGGCCUAGCCUACUUCCAGUAAACUCAGUGACUGAAUUUAUGUGAGCAACUGCAUGCCUAUUUCCUUUCUCAGUGGGUAUAAGCCACCUAUAAAGAAGACCUGUGAUGGAAUGAGGAUAUGCAUGUGUAAACUCACAAAGAAAUGUGAGAGUGUAACACAGGAGUUGUGCUGAUCUAGAUGUUAGCUUGUAUAUUGGGGAUUGGGCAGGAGAGCAGUAAAACAAAAAAACAAAAAGUGUACAUAAAAAUUGGAGAUGUAUGUAUACUACUUCUGUUACUUUAUAUAUCUUUAUUUAACAUUUUAGUAUUUAGCAUUUUUUCAGUGAAUAUUACAUGUAUGUAGGGCACACACAAAAAGUCAUUCUGGCUAUCACUUUGUUUAUUUAACAGUUGAGUAUACCAAAAAGUGAGGAUUGUGAAAUAUAACUAACUGUGAAUAGAGGCUGCAAAAAGAAAUGAUUUAGAAAGCAGGUUUUCUGUAAAUGAAUGUGUCUUUAUUCCAAUGACCAUGCAGUUCAAUGCUUGAUGGAGUUGUUUUAACUAAAAAACAUAAAAAUAAUAAAAAAAUUAAAAACAGAUCUGCCAUAAUUGUAAUAAAGCAUUUAUUAGUUAAUGGCCAUAUUAGAAGUAUUAUUUAUUUUUAAAAUAGUAUUAAUGUCCAUUAUGGGCCAGGAUAUAAUCUCAGGUGAAUGGCGUGCAAAGCUGCACAUGUUGCAAAAUGUGUUGCAUGCAAAAGCUGGUAUUUGAUCUUGCUCCCACUGAAGUCACUAUUGGCUUCAGUGGGAUCAGGAUCAGGCCCCAGGGCAUUACUUAAUAUGUACUUGAUGUGGCCACACAUCUGAGAUUUGAAUGUGGCCUGCACAGUGUAAUGUACAUGUAAAUAUGUUGUCAUAUUUGUGAACAAGGAACCUGUUUCCUUUUGUAGAGAAAUCCUGCAUAUUUAUUGUGACUGUAGUUUGUGGGGGGGGAAACACAAUGAUUCAUUUUGAAUCUUUUCACAAUGUUAUUGUUCGGUGUGAAUGUGCCUGCAACAUUGACUCAUGUGCCAAAACACAAUAUUGAAUGCAUUGUUUUUAAAUAAAAUAUUUUAUUGUGCAUUGGAAA